AUGCCUACGCCACUCCCUUCUAGUUUUGCUUCAGCUGCUGCUGGCAACAUCCACGAUUCCUCCAGUAGGAGAGGUGAUGGAACCGCCGGUGGAGAAUGGUCUCGAACUCGUAUGAAUGGUGCAACACAGACCUUCCGCCGCCCGUCCGUUGCUACGAACCCUUCUCAAAAUCGAGACAGCAGCCAACCUACAUCCGCUUCGACUCCUACGGUCGGUGCUUAUAUCCCCCCACAUAUGACCUCGAAUUCUAGUGCGCUACGUAACGGAGCAUCCGGUGAAACUCGUUAUUCCAAGGACCAGCUUCUCAGUUUUUACAAAGUUCAGCGGGAGACGGGAGCUUUGAGUAAGAACGUUGCAGAAUACUUUGUUGCCGACUGGGAUCCUCAUAUGGAGGCGCCCUCUGUGAAUGGGGGAGUCUGGGGGAAGCGGGAUGACCAUAAGGAUACUCCCUCAGGGCCUGAGGUGUGCUGGGACCAUGGAGGACAGGUCGAGCCCUUGGGAUUAAUGGAUAUGGACGAUGAUGAGAAAGAGUUUUUCACCGUCUCGGUCAAUUCCCCUCUGAAGCCCCCACCGACCAAUGCCAACAAGGAUAAUACCACUGGUGUUGGUACUGCAGCAGCACGCAAAGCUUCAGUUUCCCAGGGCCAUAUGAACAACUACAACACCUCCUCUCCCAACGCUGCGCGGCCAGGACCCAGGCGUCGGGAGACUGGCGAUUCCGUUGGUAAUUCCAUGUCUCCUACGACCAGUGGUUCUCGCUUUUUCCGUGACGAGACGAACACCUCUACCCCACCCCCGUCUCUUCUGCGCCGCAAGACCGAUUUCCGAGAUACGGCAACCAAGCUUGAUGAUAAGGAUAAGGAGGGCCCUGGUGAAUCUGCUUCUCCCUUUGGAUCCCUGAAGCGCAGUUCCACCAAUCCUUUGAGUGCUGGUGUGAGCGGACCGAGCUCUCCCUGGGGGGCAACGGCCUCGCACAACGCCAACUUCUCUCCGAUGGGGGCUUUUGGGGCCUUUUCAAUGGGAUCGAAUAACGCCCCGACCCCGACCACGGAAAAGAAACCUGGAUUUGGCAGUUUGCGUGGGGAAAGUCGUCUGAAGGGCUUGUUUUCAAAGGAUAGUUCGGAGGAUAUUGCAGGUUCUAUCAAGGAAAAGGCUUCCCUCAGCAAUUUGGAAAGGCUUACUGAGAAUGAGGGUGACAAGCGCUCACACUCACCCUGGGGUGAGGCCGUCAAGACGCGUGCUGGCCGCAGUGAAACGAAUCCCUUUGCGGAGGAGGCUCGUAGCGGAAGUGCUGCUCUUGGCGGUUCCCAGGAUGUCGAAGCGCCACCUCACAGUGUUGACCAGCUUGGGUUCUCCGCAUUUGGAAUGACGUCUAGCAUCCCUGGAUUUCGUGAAUUGAUGCAGAGCCAUGAGAAUUCGCGCAACCCGACUCCCAGCCUACUCCAGGGCCACGAGCCGACUAGCCCUACUAAUACUAACCCCUACCAAAGCCCGCACGGGGAAAGAGUUGACGCAGAUGAUGUCGAGACUGAUGGAUCUGACAUUCAGAACAGCCACCAUCCUGGUCUUACUGGACUUCGUGACCCUGCUGGACCUUUUGGUUCCAUGAGAAGGGUUGGGUCUGGAAUGGACUUACCUUCGAUCGACCGCAGCCAAACAUCUAGUGUCGCUGGAAACCGAAGCUUUUCUAACCUUGGUGCCCUUGGGGGUCUUCCUUCUCUUGGAGGUGCUGGUGGAUGGCCUGCUUCGAACGCUGCUGUUGGCACGCCUACGCGCGAGAGAUCUGCCUUUGCGACCGGCUUUGGCGACCCGAUCUUUGGCUCGGCGGCUGAUCUCCAGUCCCCCAGCUUGUCUACACUGGGAGGCAGUGGCCUUUUCAGUCCUCAUGCUGGUAUUUCGGGAACGGGUAGCCUUGGCCGGUCCAGCAAGCUUGGGUCUCUCUUCCCUGCUGCCAUGCAGGAGCAAAUGCAAAGUGACCUGGCAAGACAAGACCCUGUCAUGGAUGAUGGAACUAGGCAAACAGAUCCCCAGCAAGCAGAGAAGCCGACGGCGACCUCGGCCUCGCAGACCCCAGUCUCCGCUGUGGGCUCGAUUCCCGCUACUUUGGGCCACGAAGUGCCGCAGCCCAGCCAAACUCCCGGCCAGACUAUCAGCAACCCUGGCUCCGUGCCCCCCGCCCAGCAGCGGACCAUGGUGAUGCCGGAUCGCAUGCGCUGGAUCUACCGUGACCCGCAGGGCAACAUCCAGGGUCCAUGGACUGGCUUGGAGAUGCACGACUGGUUCAAGGCAGGCUUUUUCAGCCCUGAUCUGCAGAUCAAGAAGCUCGAAGACCCUGAAUUUGAGCCAUUGGCGCAGCUCGUGCGACGCAUUGGAAACUCGCGUGAGCCCUUCUUGGUGCCCCAGAUUGGAAUCCCCCACGGGCCCGAUCCCAACCCUAGCCCUUGGACAGGAGGACCUACGACCGGCUCUGCUCAACCUCCUUUCCCCGGUAGCUUCCCGAGCUUCGGCACUACAUUGACAGCCGAACAGCAGAAUGCCUUGGAGCGCAGAAAGCAAGAGGAGCAAUAUCUGAUGGCCAGACAGAAGGAGCAUCUCGCUCAGCAGCAGGCGCUGAUGAAGCAGAUGCAGUUGCAGGGCGUUCCUCAUGGAGUGCACCCCCAGCAGCUCCAGCAUCACUCGAGCGCGCACAGUCUUCACAGCCAGCCCAGCUUCGGUAGCAUUACUUCCCCUGUUGGUUUCCAGCCAUCGCCCAUCCAGGCUCCCAUGCAAGGACAGCAGCAAACCCAGGGCCUUUUUGAUGCCGCUGGUCCUUUGAGACAGGGUGCUUUGCCCAAUGUUGGCCCUCAGAUGCUUGGAACGGACCUGGUAAAUAGCCAGGAUCAGCUUCCUGCCCUUCUUGAUCGCCUGAACGUGAGCCGUCCGGACCCGUUUGGAUUCGGAAGCCCCACGUCCUUUUCUCGCCAGCCUGAUAGCUUGUUCCACCAGCAGCAGGUCGCAAGCAUGCUCCAAGAUCGGGCCCAGCUACAACAGGAACAAGACCAGUUCGACGCUGGACAGGGAGAUAGCUUGUUUGAUCAACAGGCUCGCGAAGAACGCCUUCGUCAGUUCCACGCCUUGAGGGCUCAAGAAGGCGAGUUCGGCAUGCGGACCGCCGAAGGCCUCCCUACCCAUCCCGCUACGGGUCCAUCGCAGGAGGACGAGACCGAGGAAAUCCAGGAGGAGACGGAGACAACCACCCUUGAGGUUGAAGAAUCCCCUGCCAUUGGAAACGAACCGGUUCUCACUCUGUCCCAACAGGUGCAGAAAGCUGCGCAACAGCAGCAGGAGGAUCAGAUGCAGCAAAACCAACUGGAGCAGCAGCAGCAGCAGAGCCAAGCUCCUAAGGAAUCUGUGUGGGCCAAGGUUGACAGCGGAAUGCCCCAGCCCUUCCCCCCCCCACCUUCCGCCUCGCCGCUUCCCGCUCCCGCCGCGCAGCGCAACCGCCAGAACGUGGCCGAGUCUCUGGCUGCCAACUCCAGAUCUCAGACUCAGACCCCCGUUGAACCCCCCGCCACCUCCAUUGCUCCAUGGGCUAAGGAAGCCAACGAAGUUCCCAAGGGACCCUCGCUUAAGGAGAUCCAAGAAGCCGAGGCUCGGAAUGCCGCGCAAAGGGAGGAAGUGGCCGCUGCCGCUCGUCGUGCUCAGCUGCUUGCGGAACAAGAACGUCUCAGCCAGGCUCAGGCUCAGGCUCCGGGUCUUCCUUCGACCGCCAACUGGGCCAGCAGUGGAUCUCCUUCGACACCAACAUCUGGAUCAGUGUGGAACAACAAGGGCCAAGCCGCCUCUAACGGUGGCGCAGCCAAGAAGACUCUUGCCCAGAUCCAGAAAGAGGAGGAGACUCGCAAGCAGCGUCUGGCAGCCGCCGCCGCCGCCGCAGCACAGAACGCCGCUCCUAGCCCGCCUGCGUCUACUGGAAAGCGAUAUGCCGACCUUGCCAGUAAGGUGACUGCACCUGCAUCUGGACCUGCACCUGCAUCAGCUGCCCCGGCCGCUUCGGGUGCGUGGACCACGGUUGGUGCUGGUGGUAAGGCCAAGGCACCCCCUGCUGCCCCUCUUGGACCACGUUCGACCAGCGGAAAUGCUCCAGCGGCCCCGACGGCGGCGGCUGUCGCAGCCAAACCACGAACUGUCGCUGCGUCCACCCCCACCACUACCACCUCUACCGUCACCACCGCCGCUCCCCGUACUGUCACUGUGGCCAGCACUACCGCAUCCAACUCGAACCGAGCUAUGGAGGAGUUCACCAAGUGGGCCAAUCUGUCACUGGGCAAGGGCUUGAACAGCAACAUCAAUGUGGACGACUUUGUUCAGCAACUUGUGCUGUUGCCUGCAGAGGCGGAGAUCAUUUCUGACUCGGUGUAUGCCAACUCCCAGACCCUGGAUGGCCGACGAUUUGCCGACGAGUUCAUUCGUCGCCGUAAGCUUGCGGACAAGGGCAUCGUCGAAUCUGUGGCUGCCAGCGCCUUCGCUGACCAGAACAACGCUGGAGGAUGGAGCGAGGUGGCCAAGAAGGGAUCGGCUAGUGUCCACCGUGAGGAAGACAACAGCAACGCAGCCUUCAAGGUUGUUGCUCCCCGCAAGAAGGGCAAGAGCGUAUGCUCAUUUGGCACAUAUCCCGUCCAAGUGCAAACAGCCCUUCGUCAAUUUCAAGCUGAAGCCGAAGCUCAUUCGGAUAUCUUCAUCCGCAGAACACAGCCCAAGGGCAUCGACGCCGCCCGCCAGGCUUUGGCUGCAUUCCUCAACGUCUCCGUCAACGAGUGCGUGCUCGUCAAGAACGCCACGACGGGCGUCAAUACCAUCCUGCACAACCUUGAUUUCGCCGAGGGUGAUGUUAUCAUCUACUUUGAUACUGUCUACGGGGCCGUUGAGAAGAGUCUUGUCUUCUUGAUGGAGAAGACGCCCGGCCUGAAGGCAAGAAAGGUCGAGUAUGCCUUACCGAUUAGCCAUGAUGAUCUGGUGAAUCGGUUCCGGGAGGUUGUCCGGAAGACUAAAGCGGAGGGGUUAAAUGUCCGUGUUUCUGUCUUUGACACUAUCGUCAGUAACCCCGGUGUGCGGUUCCCGUUUGAACGAUUGACAGAGGCGUGUCGCGAGGAGGGCGUGUUGAGUUUGAUUGAUGGUGCCCAUGGCAUUGGACAUAUCCCUUUGGAUUUGGGCAUGCUAAACCCGGAUUUCUUUACAAGUAAUUGUCACAAAUGGCUCUAUGUCCCCCGUGGCUGUGCUGUUCUUUAUGUCCCCCUUCGUCAUCAACAUCUUAUCCGCACUACACUUCCCACCUCCUGGGGGUUUAUCCCAGCUCCCACGUCGCGUGCCACCCGUCCCUCGGUCAUGCAAGGGAACGGUAGCACAAAAUCUGCCUUUGAGAUGCUUUUCGACUUCGUCGCAACUAGUGAUGACACCCCGUACAUGUGUGUUCCUGCGGCGCUGAAAUUCCGGUCCGAGGUCUGCGGCGGUGACGACCGUAUCUACGCUUACCUUGAGAAGUUGGCCAACGAGGCCGCAGAUAUUGUGGCUGGUGCUCUGGGGACGGAGGUGAUGCAAGAGCCGGGUCUUAAACCGGGUGAGACGAGCCAGAUUCGUCGGUGUGGAAUGACGACUGUUAGAUUGCCGAUUGCAAUUGAUCGACUCGCGCAAUCUGAUAUUGAGAGACUGGGCAAGUGGAUUGAGGGCGAGUUGAUGGAGACGUAUGGGACGUUUGUGCCUAUGUUCUCGCAUGGAGGUCAUCUGUGGACUCGUCUAAGUGCGCAGGUCUAUCUUGAGAAGAGCGAUUUCGAAUGGCUGGCUAGUGUUCUGAAGGAAUUGUGUGGUCGGGUUCACUCGGAAUAUUUUGGAACAGCAACGAAGACUAAACUCUAG